CAGGGUGGAAGAGGCGCGGCGGUGAGUAAUGCCGACCCUCUUAUCGGUCUCGGCGCUGACACACAAGCCAGCGCUGCGCUACCGGCCCCGGGGUCUGCUCGGUGGCCUUCAUUCGCGAAAACUUCGAGCGUGUAGGAACCAGCAACAGGAUGCCGAACAACAAAAUGUCAAGCUCGGCGGUCGGUCGACGCAUGCGACCGAUCCGCGCCACGCCUGAAGCACUGAAGGCGCAGGUCUCGCAGCACGUGCCACAGCUCGUGGUGCGCCCUACCAACCACGGCGGCGAGACGCUGCAGGUAGCGAUGGGCGGCACCGCCAUUGAGCGCUCCAUGGUCAAUGUGGGCUCCAUCGCUGUGUACCACGUCAAGCCUGUGGUCUCCACUGACAACAAACUCGGUAAGAAGACGACCAUCUUCGCCGUCCACGUGCAGAACGCCAUCACUGGUCGCAGUUGGGUCGUGCACCGCCGCUACUCGGACUUCAUGAUGCUGCGAGGUCUCAUCGCUGAGCACUUCAAGCUCUUUGGCGACGAGUUUCCUCGUAUCUCGGGCCUAAUCGACGACCUCUACUUCCCCAAGAAGCACAAGUUCCGUCACAAGAUGGGCAAGGUGGUCGAGCACCGCUGCGACGCCUUCCUCGAGUACCUCAUGGGCUUGCACCGCCUCCUUAUCAGCCAGAACUACCUUGUUCGUCGCGACAUUAGUCCCAUUGGUCUCUCCAUUCUGCGAGGAUUCCUGGGUAGUGCUAUUGUGCAGGACCCGAGCCACAAGGCUUACACGUUCCACAAGGCGAUCUUGCCUAUCGAGCUGAACCCGGCGGAUCGUACGCCUAUCAACCAGUGCGGAUCACUUACCACGGUUUUGGAGGACGACGCUGAAUACGAAGUGGAGGUCGAGGUCGUUGAACCUGAACCGGAAGCGGAUGUUGCUUCACGUGACGGAUCCACGGAGGGCACGGAGGAUUCGAUGUCGGAGGAUAUGAGCGAUGGCGAGGACACCGAGGAGGAACUGAUGCGCGUGUCGGAGAUCGUGGACCGACGACGCUCGCACAAGUACGCCCGCAACCGCCGCGUGCUUCUCUUCCUCCGCAAGGAUGGUGUGUCGGAAGGACCUACUGCUACAGACUCGCCUACCAAUUCUGAUGACGCUCCCCCGUGCACUCCUCGACCACGCGACCGUAUUCACACCGAAAAGAUGUACGUACGCGCGUCGGAGAUGCUGCGACCGUCCGAGAUGGCCACCCAACCGGUAUCAGCAUAAACGAUAUCCAAGUUUUGCCCUGGAAUUUCGCCGCCACUGCCACCAUCGUAUUAUACAGACAGCGACGGAACUGAUCUGCGAGGUGGUAUGCAGUGGCUGGCACCGCAGCAUAAUUGAACUAAUUGAGAGCCGCGACACCACCGACUGGGGGUGGUACAACUGCCCAGAGACGCGAAUUGAAGCUCCUCGACGCAGAUCAAAACCCAUUGCACCCGCCGCUCACGAUGCUUUUAGACUAUUUAAUAUCAUGAACGUUCGUUGUAAUCUCUCAAUGUGUAUUGAAAUUGAUGGACAAUAAUUGUUUCACCAAUUUUUGCAAUUAAAAUUUGA